GCCGGGAGGCGGUGCUGGUCAGGUGCUCCGCGCAGAGGCUGCGUGCAGGUGAGCCGCUGCAAGUUCAAGGGGCGAUCCUGGCUUCCGCUUCCUCCUCGCUAUUGUCCCCGGGUCUGCGUGAGGGACCCCCCCCCCCGACCCUCCGUCCUCUUGUCCCAAGCUCAUGCGGACCGUCCGGAUCGCUGCGAGGGUUGUCUUACACUGAACUGAUCAAAUACUUUGAAAAUGACUUCAAAACUCCUCUGGGGGUCCUUCGUACUUGCUGCACUAAUAUUCUCAGUUACAUUUUCUCUCCAACCAGACCAGCAAAAGGUUCUACUCGUUUCAUUUGAUGGAUUCCGUUGGGAUUACUUAUAUAGAGUGCCAACACCCCAUUUUCAUUAUGUUAUGAAGUAUGGUGUUCAUGUGAAGCAAGUUACUAAUAUUUUUAUCACAAAGACAUACCCUAACCAUUAUACUUUGGUAACUGGCCUCUUUGCAGAGAAUCAUGGGAUUGUUGCAAAUGACAUGUUUGAUCCUAUUCUGAAUAAAUCUUUCUCCUUGGAUAACAUGACUAUUUAUGAUUCUGAGUUUUGGGAAGAAGCGACGCCAAUAUGGAUCACAAAUCAGAGGGCAGGACAUUCUAGUGGUGCAGCCAUGUGGCCUGGAGCUGAUGUAAAAAUACAUAAUAGCUUUCCUACUCACUACAUGCCUUACAAUGAGUCUGUGUCAUUUGAAGAUAGAGUUGCCAAGAUUAUUGAAUGGUUUACAUCAAAAGAGCCCAUAAGUCUUGGUCUUCUUUAUUGGGAAGACCCUGAUGAUACGGGCCACCUCUUGGGACCUGAGAGUCCGCUCAUGGGGCCUGUCAUUUCGGAUAUUGACAACAAGUUGGGAUAUCUCAUACAAAUGCUGAAAAAGGCCAAGUUGUGGAACAUUCUGAACCUAAUCAUCACAAGUGAUCACGGAAUGACCCAGUGUUCUGAGGAAAGGAUAAUAGAACUUGAUCAGUAUCUGGAUAAAGACCACUAUAUCCUGAUUGACCAAUCUCCAGUAGCGGCCAUCUUGCCAAAAGAAGGUAAAUUGGACGAAGUCUAUGCAGCCCUAGCUCAUGCCCAUCCUAAUCUUACUGUUUACAAAAGAGAAGAGAUUCCAGAAAGAUGGCAUUAUAAGUACAACCAUCGAAUUCAACCCAUCAUCGCCGUGGCUGACGAAGGGUGGUAUAUUCUACAGAAUAAGUCAGAUAACUUUCUGUUAGGCAACCACGGUUACGAUAAUGCACUAGCAGACAUGCAUCCGAUAUUUUUAGCCCACGGUCCUGCCUUCAGGAAGAAUUUCACGAAGGAAGCCAUGAACUCCACAGAUCUGUACCCUCUGCUCUGCCACCUCCUCAACGUCACAGGCAUGCCGCACAACGGAUCGCUCGAGAGUGUCCGGGAUCUGCUCAGCUCAGCAAGCCCGGGAGCACGUCCUCGCGCACCGAGUCCCACGCUCGUCCGUGGCAGCGUGGAGCCCGGAGAAGACGAGCGUGAGGAGCCCUAUGCUUAUUUCCUAGGGGUGUCGCUCGGCAGCAUUUUGGUGAUUGUAUUUUUUGUAAUUUUCAUUAAACAUUUACUUCGCAGUCAAAUACCUGCCUUACCAGACAUGCAGGCUGAAAUCGCUCAACCGUUGUUACAAGCCUAAUGCUACUUUGAAGUGGAGAUGGUGUACUUAUUUCAGUGUUUAAAGGUUUCAGAUUCUAGGAAACCAGUUUCAGGCAUUUGCCCAGAUCAUUAGGCAGUUAUAAACAUAGACAGGAGCGCGCGUGCACAACACACACACACACACAUCAUUAGGCAGUUAUAGACAGGAGCGUGUGUGCGCGCACGCACACACACACACACACACACACACACACACACACCAAGUACACAUACCCACAAAGGAUUAAAGUGGGGAAGUAUGAAUCUCUUAUUCUCUCUGGCUUAGGGGAAGAUAAAAUCCUGCUUUAUUUGGACAUGGCACAUAUAAUAUAUAUAUAUUUAGCACCUUUGCACUAAUUAAAGUACCUUAUGUAUUGCACUUUAAAUUACUCUCCUAAUGGGUACUUUUAUAUGAAAUGCACUUUACUGACGAUUAUGUCUUAUAAUUUGGUUGAAAAACAAAUUUUUUUCUGCCCACAUCACAGAAUACUUGUUAGUUGUUGUUCAAACUGAAUGAAAUUUCAAAUAAUUCCUGAAAAAUGUCAAAAUCUGUCUCCUUAAACCGGGAGUGCAAAAAGAAAGUCAAAACUGUUGGAAAUUAAAUGUGACAACCUUUGUACAUCGAAUUUUGGAGAGAUGCAUUCCCAACAGCAGGAUGCAUCUGUGGGCAUUCCUUCUCAUACUUCUUUCUAAAAGACAUGGGUUUUCAUUUUAUUUUUCUUAAAAAAAAAAAAAAGGUUCAAGUACUGACGGAUUCAUUCUAAACAUGCCGUAUCUGUCAUGAAAUUCAUGAUUGCUGUUUUCUGAGGAGUCAUUUUGCUCUGAUUCUAUAAUAAUGAAGACACCGUGAUAUCCGUGUCCUUCCUAUGUAGUCCGUGUCCUUCCUAUGUAGUCUACUGUGAACAGAAGCCAUCGGAGACCAUCCCAGCAAUAAGCUUUUCUUCUUGUUCUGUAGUUAUUUGCUUCUUUGAAAACUAAAUCACUAUUAAUCACAUUAAAAAUCACAUAAGAUACAACAAUGUUUUCUUUUUGGUAACAUGUAGUAAGAGAGCACGAGCAUCUUUAAGACUUGAGCAUUUGCAGAUCCAGUCCCAAGAGAGCACAAGCUAUGUUAGGUAAAAUGUAGGCCACUUGAUCCACAAGAAGGGCUGUGCGGAGUUAGGGAAGGAAAAUUAAGUGGGACUUUGUCUGAGAUGUUCCCACUGUCCCUAGAGCAGUGCUGAAGGGUGCCUCAUGGCAGAAACCAGUGAAAUAGCUCUUAGCGGGGACAGGUAUUGAAACAAGAGGAACUGAGAUCAUAGCCUCAGUUCCUGAAAUAGUGGGACACCCACUCACCAGGUGCUCAGAGGGAUCAAAGAUGAAGUCAGGUUCACAGACAUCUGUAUGGUCACUCAGCUCCUCUCGUUUCAACCACCAAAGCUGUGCUUUAGAUCUCUGAAGUAGUCAGGUUGGGGGGACCUAGGGUUUACCUGUCGUUUUCUAGAGGAAAGAGAAAACCCUGGAAAGAACAGCUUUCUUUGAAAAAAAAAAUUAUAUAGACAGAUGGCCCAUAGAUGAUACUGUGAUUUUGUGUAUAUUAAUGCACCAACUGGCUCAUGAUUAGGUAAAAUGGUGUAGGUAUUCUAGAAAGAAAAGGUAAAGCAGAUAUAAAGAACAAAAGUCGUUUCACCUUCAAAAAUAGAGUUGAAUUUAAGUACUAUUUAGAAUAAAGCGAAUGCGUUAUUUUUUAAAUGAUACCAAUAAAGAAGUUUGGCCCUUGAUUCUCAUUUCAUUGCAAAGCCUUUUAAUCAAAUAGAAUGGAAUUCCUGGACGGGUACUGGCAUUAAAAAGCUGAGAAGUUAGAUGGUAGAUGGCAAACUCAAGAAGUCUCUGAAGGAGACAUUUUGGAAUCCUCAGUGGCCACUCCUCUUGGCUUGCUGCAUAGCUGUGAACUUUACCAGCAUCACUGAGAUGCCAGGAUAAUGACCAAAAGAUGAAACUGGUCGAUUUAAACGCAUUACUGUUUAAAUGCUGUCUGUACAUUUAAAAAUUGUUGCAUUAAAUUCAUUUUAGAAUUGCCUUAGUGGUAAGAGGAAAGCAAAUGCUGUACCAUUGAUGAAAUCAUUAAAAUUCUGAUCUGAAUAUUGGA